AUGACCAGACACUCUUUGAUACCCGCUUCUGCGCCCACCUCCCCAGCAGUCACCCGCUCCAAGUCAGACCGACACCCCGUCACUCCGCAGCGCGUUGUUCACCCUCAGCUACGCCAGUUCAACUCGCCGUAUACGCCCGCCCCGUCGCUGUCGACGGUCUCGACGCCUUAUACCCCGCUCAGUCUCCGAUCUUUCUCAUCUUCGAAUGCCUCGUCUCUUGCUACCCCUGCGUCAGCGAUCAGUCGCAGGCGCAUGAGCCUCUCUCUGUCCCCUGAGAUCAACCUCAACCACAAGAGCCUUGCAGAUAUUGCAGAAAAUUGGAGAACGCGCGCAAACGAAAAUGGUAUAAAAGUUACUUCUAGUGAUGAUUCUCAAUACGAAGCUGACUCCUCUAGUCUAUCGGACGUGAACAACUCGUUAAUCGAUAAAUCUCUUCUCCCCGCUCCUUUCUUCUCCACGCAGCGCCGCGAACGCGCUUAUUCUCAGGCACAGGCCCCUCUUUCCCAAAUUCCGGACCCCACCCAGUUUUGCACUCCCAACCGUGUCUUGCGUCCCCCUGGCAUACUCAACACUCCUCCCUCUCAACCAAGUUUUAGACUCCGUGGUAGCUUGACAGACCCGGCUCAUACACGUCGCCGACCUCCUUUUGACCAGACUUCGGAACUGUUUAACAUCGACGAAGACGAAUACGCGCCCUACCCUCCCACUUUUUCUUCUUCAGUUUCUACUCAAGCAAUCCCUCUUGCGCUCACCGAUCCGUUCGGUCUUCAUGCCAGCAUUCCUGCGAACGUCGAGCCUAUACAGUUUUAUGAAACCAGGAAACCUCCUCAGGAAUCAGCCACUGAUGUCGUCUCUGCAUGCUCCGUAUGUGGGCUCUCCGGAAAGUCUCUCGCGAUCUUGGAACCAUGCGCGCAUCCGUUGUGCUCUGCGUGUCUCACAAGCGCACUCAACAUCGUCGGCGAGAAAGACAUGGAGUGUGCGGUGUGUAAGGCGAAGGUGGAUGACUUCAAGUUGUGUAGGUCCACCAGUGGCAAGUCUACUGUGGCGAAGACCCUGGAGAGCGAUGCAUAUAUCGACCACGACGACUUCGCACGUGGUAUGGACGCUUUCGCUGGCGCGUCAGAGGUAGACAUGGUGGUCGAUACUCCCGCUUUUUGCGGCUUUGACGAUUUCAUGGACCGCGCUCAAGGUGCUUCGACGCCUGUCGCAGGCCGUCGCGAGAUCAAGUCGGAGGAGCCCGUGGUGUUACGUAUUGACAAUGUUCCAUGGGACAUCACGCCUCCCGCCAUCGCAGCUUGGCUCAAUCAGCCCGUCGUGCGCGUCCACGUCCUUCUUGAUCGGAAGGGCAAGACGAUGAGCCACGCAUAUGCUGAGAUGGCUAAUGCAGAGGUGGCACAGGCAGCCCUUAGAACAGCACAGAACUCUGUGCUCGGCAAGGGCAAGCGCGCCCGCGGAGUGACGGUCACGCGCAGCAGCCAGGAAGAACUCAUGCAAGCACUCUUCCCUGCUUGGCAAGGUAACUUUGAUGGCUCGCGCCCUUCGCUCUCUGGGUUGGACAACGAACGUGUCAUCUCCACUCUGCAGCGCGGAUUGUUCUCGGAGGGGGAGCUUAAUGCUCUCUUGCAUCUCAUUCGUUCCCCGGAUAGCCAUUUCCUGAAGGUGCCCUCCCUUCCCUUCCACUCCCUCACUAGCAUUCUUUCCAAAUUUCCUUCGGACGACGACAGUCGAGUUUUCUGGUCCAGCACGCUUAGAGAUACGUUGUAUGAAAUAACUUAUGCCGCUGUCCAAGUUCUGUUAGUUCGGAUUGAAGAAAACCCGCUGUCUGACUGGACAACACUCAUGGGAGAACUCGUCCGCGCUGCUAUGGAUUGUCAAGCUUUUACGUCUGAUCAGAUGAGCAAGCUUUCCGACAUUCUCGAAGCGUCGCUUCCCCAGUCCAUGUCCUCUCCGCCGGGCAUGCACACGGCCCUGCACACCCCCUCCUCUCCCCAGAGCGUCGCGCCCCAGUCCCAUGAAGGGUACAACAGCCCUGAUUUGAACACUGAUCGAAGGACAUACAACGAUCUUGCCAAGGAGUUCGGUGUUGAGGCCGACCUCAUUCAUGCGUUGGCGCAGCGGCUCUCCGGAUUGUGUUAG